AUGCUCUCCCGUCUCCUGCCGCGCCGCCACCACCGUCGCCUCCUACAAACCCUACAAUCGGCGGCCGCCGCGCGUGAACUCCACCAGAGGCCGUGCUCCACCGCGGCGGCAUCGAGCCCUAGCCUGUCGAUAUGGCGGCGGAAGAAGGAGAUGGGGAAGGAAGGCCUCAUGGCGGUGGGGCAGCUCAAGCGGCUGGCGGCGCUGCCUCCCGCCGGAGGCCACCCGCGGCUGGAGCAGUACAUGCUAUUGCACGUCUCUCGGCUCCUCCGCACCGACCUCCUCGCCGUCCUCUUUGAACUGCUGCGCCAGGACCACGUGCUUCUCUCCAUGAAGAUAUACGGCGUUGUGCGGAAAGAGAUCUGGUAUCGACCCGAUAUGUACUUGUACCGAGACAUGCUGCAUAUGCUAGCUAGGAACAAGAAGAUCGACGAGACAAGGCAGGUGUGGGCACAUCUGAAGUCUGAAGAUGUGCUAUUUGAUCAGCACACCUAUGGUGACAUCGUAAGAGUGUUCUGUGACGCUGGCCUGAUAGAUCUGGCGAUGGAGUUUUACGAAGACAUGAGGAGCUCCCCGGAGCCGCCCCUCUCCUUGCCGUUCCGGGUUAUACUGAAAGGCCUGAUCCCAUAUCCGGCACUGAGGGAGAAGAUAAAACGAGAGUUUCUGGAGCUUUUCCCUGAUAUGAUUGUGUAUGAUCCCCCAGAUAGCUUAUCGGAUAUAGAUGAGGAAUUCAGAUUUUGAU